AAUGCACAGAACUCGCCAGAACUUGGAAUACGAAAGGGAGGGAUGGAACGGGGGCGAUGCAUCAUUGCAUGGCUGGCUAGACAGGUUGGGCUCGUUGGCGUUUGCCUCUUGUGCAUCUUAAAGUUGUAGGUGCCUUGGUGAUCUGCUCAAAACCUCAUAAGAUCUCUUACUUGAUAGUGUCACGAUCGGGGGUUUCCGUGCUUUUUUUUGGGUCCCGCUGAUCAAAGAGCAUCAUUGGACUUGUACUGUCCAGCUCGUCAUGCCUGCCCAGCAUUCUCAGAGGCAUAAGCAAUCUUCUUGACUUUCUCAUAAGUGGUGGACACCGCGUGCUUAUGGGAGUCCCCCAAGACCGUUCUGGCCAGGGGAUCAGGCGUCCAGCAGAGGGGGCCUCCCCCACUGAGAUCGAGAUGUCUGACAACACUCGCUUGCUAGACAAUGCUGUGCGACCACCGGCUGGGGGACAGCAAAAUGGGGGCUCGUCGCCCCCUGGAAGAGGGAGAGGGGGUCCUGGGAAGAUCAGGGCAGGGUACGAGAAAGUAUCAGCGGCUGACUCAGCAGAGCCGGAGGGUUUGGACGAACCAGAGGGGUUUGGUUUGCCAGAGCCGGCGUCAGGGAGGCGGCAGCUCAAAGCCAUGCUCUGGAGGCAGUACCUCUUCAAGAAGCGGGGGUGGCUCCAAACCCUGCUCGAGUUACUGACCCCCGUGAUCACCAUGUUUGCUCUGGUGUAUGCGUACAACCAGACUGUGGUGGAGUACCGCCCGCCCGAGAUCUUCGCCAACCAGACCAUUCACAUUCUGGAUAGGUUCCUGGACGGUUCGCUGGUGGCGCGCGACAUGAGGGAUCAUUGCGCUCCGUUUGCGGGCCUGGCUGGGUUGCAAGGCCUAUCCCCUGGCGACUUUACCGAAGCCUUACACUCCUUCGAGCAGCAAGCUGCGCUCCUCGCCUCUGGCCAGCCUUUCUCCCCUCAUUCAGCAAACGAGACGCUCGGAGCGUCCCUCGGCAUUCCCACCCCCCCUCUCUUCUCAAACCUCAUCGACUGCAUCGACGUCAUGCGCCUGCUCAACCAGUUACGGCGCACCUACUGGUGGUAUAACGGCCCGAUAAAGGUGCCUGGUUUCGACGGUUUUGUGCUAACCCACGAGGUGUUAAAGGGGGCGGUUCAGGGGCAGGGGGGGUACGAGAGGUUAGUGGAGGCGCAGAGUAAAUACGGGAACCAGUUUGGGAACCUGCUCCAGCUGGGGGGGCUCGCGUUCGCUCCCGAGAGCGAUGACGUGGCACGGCUGGUGGAGCACAUGAAUUCGACAUACCGAUUCUUCGACUCCGUUUACUCUGGCACCUACCCAUCCGAGGCCGCGGCCGUGGACGCGGCUCUCGGUGCAGCCGGCGUUCUUAAAGAGCAGGAAAUGUGGGCGAUCGUAGUGGUCAACAAGAUGGACUUUGAGGCAGGGGACGUCGACUACAUGAUCCGCAUGAACUACACGACCGUGCCCAAGUCCAACCGGGUACGUCACAAAUGGUCCCACGGCAUCCAUGGAGGAUACAAGCACUACUACACGAGCGGGUUCCUCAGCAUCCAGAAAGCGGUGGACGAUUACAUUUUCGCGAGCCUGCCUCCUCGGGCCCACGCCGCGCCACCUCCCGAGUAUCUGCCCGCAGACGUGUGGGGGCUGCCGUUUCCGGUAGACGGGUAUUUGUACAACGAUUUUUACGAUGCGGUCGGGCCGCUUAUGGGGCUGCUCAUGUGCUUAUGCACGCUGUACCCUUUGGGUAUGAUGGUCAAGGGCAUCGUGGAGGAGAAGGAGAGCCGCGCUAAGGAGACGAUGCGUAUCAUGGGCCUGCGCCUGUGGGUGUUCCACGCGUCCUGGUUCCUGACGUACCUCGCCGUCUUCUUCGCCGUCUCCGUUCUAGUUACCGCCAUCAUCUCGUCCACGUUCCUCAGCCGAUCGGACCCGCUGCUAAUCUUCGCGCUGCUCUUCCUCUUCACGCUCUCGCUCAUCCCGUUUGGUUUCUUCAUCGCCGUCUUCUUCUCCAAGUCCAAGCUCGCCGCCAUCGUGGCCCCUUUCGCCCACUUCGCGGCCAUCAUGCCUCGUUACAUCUUCUUCCGGACUAACGAAGACCAGGCGAUCUACGCCAAGUGUCUGGCUGGUUUUCUACCUUCCACCGCUUUCACGUUUGGUAUUGAUUUGCUGGCGACCUACGAGGGCGCUUUCAUGGGCUUGCGGUGGGACGAGGUCGCCGACGACGACUUCGCGAUGUCGACCAUCCUUUUGCUGCUUCUCGGCGACUUCUUCUUUUACUCUUUCCUGGCAUGGUACCUGGAGCAAGUCUUACCGUCUGAAUACGGCACCCGCCUUCCGUUCUGGUUCCCGUUCACGAAACGCUUUUGGCUGGGGGAGUCAUUCUACGACUCGCACAUACCCCCUGAAAUGGAGGAAGAAGAAGGGGCGCCCUCGAUCGAACGCGUCGAGAAGGGCACGCGCAAGGUGGCGGUGCAGACCAAGGGGUUAAGAAAGGUUUACCCGGGAGGAAGGACGGCCGUCGAUGGGCUGGAUCUGACGGUCUACGAUGGGCAGAUUACUGCACUGCUGGGUCACAACGGCGCGGGGAAGUCGACGACCAUCUCUAUGCUGACGGGGCUUAUUCGGCCGACCGGUGGCGAUGCGCACAUCUGGGGCCGCAGCAUUCGGACGCGUAUGGACGCCGUAAGACGGGUGAUCGGCGUGUGUCCGCAGCACAACGUGCUGUUUAACAAGCUCACGGUGCGUGAACAUUUAGAGCUUUUCUCGGCUCUCAAGGGCGUUCCCCCGCCGGAUAUUUCGGAAGGCGUCUCUUCCGUGGUCGAGCAACUAGAGCUGGCGGACAAGAUUGACGCGCCGGCGGGGUCCCUCUCCGGGGGAAUGAAGCGCAAGCUACAAGUGGCCAUUGCGCUGAUUGGGGGGUCCAAAGUUGUCUUUUUGGACGAGCCGACGUCAGGUAUGGACCCUCACAGUCGGCGGGCCAUGUGGGAGCUGUUGCGGAAGUUCAAAGAUGACCGGGCCAUCGUACUGACCACGCACUACAUGGACGAAGCGGACGUCCUGUGCGACCGCAUCGCAAUUUUGUCGGACGGCCGCCUCCGUUGCUGCGGCAGUUCGCUUUUCCUCAAGGCGCGUUACGGGGUGGGUUACAACCUAACCAUGACAAAAGCCGGGCCCGACUGCGACGAGUUAGCGGUAACCCGCCUCGUCACCCGGCACGUGCCCCAGGCGGUUCCGCUGAGCUCAGCCGGAGGCGAAAUGGCGUUCCAAUUGCCGCUUGCGUACAAGAGUGGGUUUGCGGCGCUGUUCAAGGAGUUGGAGGAAAAGAGGGAGGGGCUGCACGUGGGUGGGUAUGGCGUAUCGAUGACGACACUCGAGGAGGUGUUUCUGCGCCUGGCGCAAGAGGGGGACGCCCCGCACGCCCCGUCACUUCCGGCGGUCGAACCGGUCACUUCCGAAGCCCCCUCCAACUCCGUAGCCUCCAGCGAUGAAGAGCAAAGAGCGAAUGGACAGACUGUAAACGGUCUGGGGGGGUCGUCCGAAGGGGAUGCGGACCCGAGGUCCAGCGGAGAGCCGUCCGGAAACGGUCUCGACCGUCGAUCGUCUCUGCUCAAAAAGCACCUCGCGCGGUCGAUCAGCCGCUCCCAGUCGGAGCUCGCGGUGAACGGCCACCCGGCACAAAACGGCGACCACGCAGCAGGGGAGCCCGCAGCACCGGUCGCCCAGAAAAGCGGUCGGGUGACGAAAGGCCGAGAUGCGAACGGUCGGGAUGCGGCUGGUGACCUGGAGCACGGCGAGAAGGAGAGCGCGUCUGGACCGUUAGAUGAGAGCGGUUCCGGACGGUCCGAGGAGCGCAGCUUCGGGCGUGCGUUCAAGGAGCUGUUUCGGAAGCGGGCGAUCAUUGCACGGCGGGAUCUGAAGGGGAUGGCGAACUCGAUCCUGCUGCCCGUGGUGGUGAUUGCUUUCGUGCUGCUCAUUCUCAAGCUCAACAUCGACCCCGCCGGCCCUUCCAUGAAGCUGGACUUCAACAUGUACUCCACUCUGAUCAAGCACGGCGAAAAGCAGACGUCCAUUCCGGUCACGGGCGCCGAUCCCGCGACUUUGAUCGACGUCGGGGGGCCAUACCUGGAGCUACAGGAUGACCGGGGAAUACGAGACAGCAUACAGUUGAGCAGGGAAUUGCUGCAGACGAUGGACAGUUAUCCAGAACCACGAUACGGGGCACUCGUAUUCAACGACACCGUUCUCCAAGCCUACAACUUUUCGGCGAUUGCGGACGCAUAUGGUGUCGAGCUAGAGUCCGUUCUUCCGGAGGCCAUUCCGGUUCCGACCUCUCUCCCUCCGGAUCUAGCCCAACUCCUGAACGGAACCUCCAUCUCGCUGGCGGAUUUAGCCCAGCUGCUGAACGGAACCUCCAUUCCGGCCAACUUUAGCAUCAACGGAACGCCCAUUCCGCCGGAAGUCGUUCAGUACCUCAACGGAACGAAAACCAGCGCGAACAACCCCCAGAGUGUGGAUAAGGCCGCAGUCGUCGAAGCAAUCGAACGGCUGAGGGCUAGCGAGAGCCGCGGAAUGGGUUUCCGGGUCCCGCUCACGAUAAUGCACAACACCUCGAGCGACCAUGCACUUCCGGCGCUCAUUGCGGAGCUCGCCCAAGCGAGGCUAAGGGCGCGCUUAGAUCGUGCUGACGCCACCCUCAGCGUCAGCAGUCACCCGUUGCCGCUGACCAAGAACGAAGCGGAGACGAUCCAGACGUUCCUCACGGUUCUCUCGGCGCUCUUCGUGCUCAUUCCCUUCUGCUACCUGGCCGCUACGUUUGCCGUUUUCGUGGUUAGGGAGACCGCGGUCAAGGCCAAACAUCUGCAACUCGUCAGCGGCGCCAGCGUGUACGCAUACUGGCUGUCCACCUAUACCUGGGACCUGCUCGUAUACACCGUUAUCGCCGCCAUUACCAUGCUCGUCUUCGCGCUCUACCAAGACACUGCGAUGGUUGGCAGCAUUCCUAAGGCUCUCGGUCUGUGGCUGCUCCUCGUCCUCUUCGGCGCGGCGGUCAUCCCGCUCUCGUACUGCUACGCCUUCUUCUUCACGAGCCACGCUUCAGCGCAGGUGGCCAUUGCCGGGAUCCACUUCCUCACCGGCUUCGCCUUCGUUUGCGCGUCCUUCGUCAUGGCAGCCAUCGAGCGCACCAAGGACCUCAACCGCGUGCUCAUCCACUUCUACCGUUGGUUCCCGCCGUUCAACUUCGGCGAGGGUCUCAUCAACCUCUCCAAGCUCGACUUUGAAGCCGAUUUCCGGGGCAAAACCCCAAACCCCUUCGAGUGGCAAGUCCUCGGCCGGCCGCUCACGCUGCUCUUACUAGAGGCGGCGCUUUUCCUCGCGGUAACGGUCGCGAUCGAGCGCGACGUCGCGCAGCUCGUGGGCGCCGCGCUCACGCGCAUCUGGAAGCGCCACGUGGCGCCACGUGUCUCCGCGCAGUACCGCCACCUGGCGUCCCAGAUCGCGCCCCUGGCGUUCGAGGAGGCCGCCAAGCGCGCUGACGUGGCGGCCGAGGAUGCUGACGUGGCGGCCGAGCGGAGCAGGAUCGAGAGCGGCGCGGCGGAUGACGACAUCGUUCUGGUUAAGAACCUCCGGAAAGUUUACACCGUCUCGGGACAGCUGCCGAAGAUCGCGGUCGCGGAUCUGUGCCUGGGGAUCCCCCCGGGGCAGUGCUUCGGUUUCCUCGGAGUGAACGGCGCAGGCAAAACGACCACCCUGUCGGUCCUAACCGGGGACCUGAAACCCACCUCCGGAACCGCGUUCAUAACCGGGUUCAGCGUCCUUAACCAGCUUCCGGACGUCCAGCGGCAGAUCGGGUACUGUCCGCAGUUCGACCCGCUUUUGGACCUCAUGACCGGUAGGGAACACCUGAGGAUGUACGCCCGGCUAAAAGGUGCCCGGGAAGAGGGGCUCGAGCGGUCGGUGGAAAAACUUUUGGACGCCGUUGGGCUGUCCAAAUACGCGGACAAGGUGUCGGGUUCGUACAGCGGGGGAAACAAGCGGAAGCUGUCGCUCGCGAUCGCGCUGGUGGGCGACCCUCGGGCCGUCUUCUUGGACGAGCCCAGCAGCGGUAUGGACCCAGUCGCGCGCCGCGCCAUGUGGGACAUCAUCUCCCGCUGCACAGUGAUCACCGGCGCUGCGGUUAUCCUAACCACGCACUCUAUGGAGGAGUGUGAGGCGCUAUGCGGCCGGGUCGGGGUUAUGGUCGCUGGGCGGCUCGUCUGCCUGGGGAGCGUGCAGCACCUCAAGAGCCGGUUUGGGGACGGGUACCACCUUGAGAUCCAGGCGGGGCUCAGGACGCCGGGCGGGGUGCCCGCCGUCAAGCAAUUCGUGGCGACCACCUUCCUGGGGGCUCUACUCGAAGAGGAGCACGGUGGUCGCCUAAAAUACCGUCUCCCGAUGGAGGGUUUGUCGCUGUCCCGCGUCUUCGGAGCUAUCGAGGGCGGAAAGGGCGCGCUGGCGAUAGACGAUUACAGUGUCAGUCAGAGCACGCUAGAGCAGGUCUUUCUUUCUUUUGCCAAGAGUCGAGACGCCGAGCCGAUUGUGUAAAUUGGUUACAUAACUUUCUGAAAGCAACUCAAGGUAAAAGAUUCUGGGAUUGUUCGCUGAGUCCAGGUCGUCGAUAAUAAGUUCCCGCAAUCUGGAAGGAAAUGUAGAGUACUGGGAGGAAAAGCACGGUUCGUUUGGAAGAGGGAUCACAGGUGGUCUAUAGGGGUUGUGAAUGGGCCAAUUGGCCGCCGGGAACGGAACAGGAACAUACGAUACUUAGCUAUCACGCACUUUUUAACUUUACUUCUCAGCUCGGCAGUAGUUCUUACUGAGAAUCUUCCCGGUCACCAUGGCCCGUUAUUGACAUUCUUUGGCGCGGCCGCCGCAUAUGACGCGGUGUUUGCCGUCAC